AAAGUCUUACAACAAGAGCAAACCAUUAAGAGGCAAGAUGAAGCUAAGAAAUUGAAGAUGAACAUGAUCACAGGUGGUGUAGGUGGAGAACAGGACUCAGAUUGUCUCAGGAUUGUGCUGAUUGGGAAGACCGGCUGUGGAAAGAGCUCUACAGGAAACACCAUUUUAGGAAGAGAUGAGUUUACAGCUGCAUCAAGUCAAAUAUCAGUUACACAACAAUGUCAGAAAGUACACGGUGAGGUGGACGGUCGUCCUGUUGUUGUGGUCGACACUCCUGGUCUGUUUGACACAAGUUUGACCAAUGAUGACAUUCAAGAGGAGAUGGUGAAAUGUGUCAGUCUCCUGGCUCCAGGACCACAUGUCUUCCUGCUGGUGAUACAGGUCGGCAGAUUCACAGAAGAGGAGAAGGAGACACUGAAGCUUAUCAAGAAAUUCUUUGGGAAGAAUUCAGAAAAGUUCACCAUUGUUCUUUUAACCAGAGGAGACGAUCUGGAGCGUCAGGGAGAGUCUAUUGAUGAUUACAUCAAGAACAAAUGUCACAUUUCCUUUAAGAAGCUGAUCUCUGACUGUGGAGGAAGAUACCAUGUGUUCAAUAACUCUGAGAAACAAAACUGCACACAAGUCAGUGAGCUAAUAGCAAAGAUUGACACCAUGGUGAAAGACAAUGGAGGCAUCUACUUCACCAAUAAGAUGCUGCAAGAGGCUGAAGUAGCGAUACAGAUGAAAAUGGAGAGCAUUCUAAAGAAGAAGGAAGAAGAGAUUCAGAGAAAAUACAAUCAAGAAAUGGAAGCCAUUAAGCAAACCAUGGAAAAAGAGAGAAAACAAAUGGAACAGGAGAGACAAGAAAAAGUCAAAGAACUUCAGGAAAUGGAGGAGAAAAUUAGGUUCGAACAAGAGAGGAGAAGAAAAGAAGAACAAAUUAGAAAUGAAGAAGAAAUCAAUAAGAAAAAGGAAGUAGAAAGAUAUCGGGAGAAUUUUAACAAACAGAUUGAAAUUGUGGAUAAACAAAUUCAGUCAGAAAAAGAGGAAAAGACAAAUGUCGACAGAAAGCUGGAAGAAAGCAGAGAACAGCUGAGAAAACAACAAGAAGAGUGGGAGAAAGAACAGAAAGAAUGGUGGGAGAAACAACGACAAGAAGAAGAGACGAGACGAGAGGAAGAGCAAAAAAUCAAAGAGCUUGAAGAAAAGUACAAACAAGAAAAGCAAAUAUAUGAAAAGAAACUUAAGGAGGAUCACCUCAGAAGAGAACAGGAGGAAAAGGAGAAGAAAGAACUGGAGGAGAAACAUAAGAAAACCCUGGAUGAGAUGAAGAAAAAGCAUGAAGAAGACGCGAGAAAGGCAGCUGAAAAUGCCAAUGAAUCCCAAAAGAAACUUGUGGAGGAAUUAGCAUAUCAGAAGAAAGAAUAUCAGAAGGAAAUGAAUGAGUUACUGAAACAUGUCAUCAAAAGGAAUUCCAGUUAUUACAAGAUCAAGAGAUUACUGGAAAAACAGGAAAAUGAAAUGAAGAAAGUGAAGGAUGAGGAUAAAAAAGAGGAACUCCAGGAAACACAUGAAAAAGAAUUAGUUACGCUUAUGCAAGAAAUCUUAUCAGAAGAGAUCAAUGACACAUCAGCCUGCAGCGUUAUGUGAUAAGAAACGAACAGUUUCAGAUGCUUCAUUUUAUGUUAUUAAAAACAAAACAAAAAUGAAUCAGUAAUUCUUUAAAGUUCUGUAUACUUCCCCAUAUUUUGCAGCACAUAGAAAACACUUCUGCCUGGAGAUUCAUUAUUUUCUAAAGCUAAAUACAUGUAUUCAUUUCAUUCAUAAAGUUACAUUGAAA